UGGCUAAAAGGAAGUUCAAAGAAGUAAAGAGCAUCCUUAUAAAUAAAAGCCGCUCCUUUGUUUCUCUUUUUUUUUCAAACCAACUCUAGAACCCUAAAUCUUCUUCUUCUCAAAGCAGCCACACACAUCUUCACUAGCUAUGGAGUUUUGGGGAAUUGAAGUUAAGCCUGGGAAGCCUCUCAUGGCAGAACCAGAAGAUGGGUACAUGAUCCAUGUCUCUCAGGUUAGUAUUGACCUGAGUAAGGUGAACGAAGAUGAGAAUGUUCUCGUUUAUGUGAAGUAUGGUGAUGAUAAGAAUAAGUAUCUUAUUGGAAAUCUCUCACACAAGUUUCCUCAAGUUUCUCUUGAUCUCUUCUUUGACCAAGAGUUUGAGAUUUCUCACGACUCUAAAACCAGUGUCUUUCUUCUUGGUAACCAAACCCCUGAUGACGAACAGGAUGAGGAGAUUGAUUCUGAUUCUGAGUUAGACGAGUUCAUGGGACAACAAAUUGGUGCUUUGCCUCCAAAUGGGAUGAAUAAUGAGAUCGAGCCGAUAGAAGAUGUUGACUCUUCAGAAGAAGACUCUGACUCCGACUCAGAUGAGAUGAUAAGUUCCGACGAUGAGGAUGAGUCGGAUGAAGAAGACGUAGAGGACGAAGCAGCUUUAAAGGUGGAGCCUUCAAGUGAGAAGAUCCCGAAUGGUAAAGCAAUGAACAACAACACAGUUGCAUCAAAGAAGGCUAAAGCUGCGUUUCAGAACAAGUCAUCAGGAGGGAAGAAGAAGUGUCCGUUCCCAUGUGGUUCGUCCUGCAAAAACUAGAGACUGUGCCAAGUCACAGUUUUUUGCUCUUUUGAUUGAAAAUUUUGAUCUUAUUAGUGAAUGGUUGAGAAUUGAGAUACUUGUGAGGCUUUUUGAGCUCUUAAAUAUUUUGGAUUAUUUCUAAUAUAUGUUAUGUUGGUAAUGGUUUUAAUGAAAUGAAACGAUUUUGUGAA